AUGUUGUUGUGGGCUUGUACCAUUUUCCACACAGCUUUAUCCGUUGAUUUGGAUCUGCGAGGCAAGCCGGCCACACAGAGUAGCGAUUACUAUGCUAAGUGCCGCGGAGACCAAUGGUGGAGAGUUGACCUGGAGGCUGCGUACUGCUUGACAAGCAUCACUAUAGUCAACAGAAAUUAUCAGGGUUGGCGACUGACAAGUGCUGUAGUUCGUGCUGGUUUGAGUCAAGUUCACUCCCAGAACACACAGAUAGGAGAUGCAGUCACACGUACCCAGGCAACUAACGGAGCAGUGAUUGAUUUCACAUCGAAUCCGGCCAUCUCUGCUCGAUACGUUAGUGUGGAACUGUCAGGGAAUUGCCUUCAUAUGGCUGAAGUCAGGAUCAGCACAGAAGACGUCAUUACAAGAAUAAUGCCAACAAAUGUCGAUGCUACUGGUAUGACAGUCAACUGGUCUACAGUGCCCUGUGCUGAUAAUUACAGCGUGCAGUAUGCCCUGACCAACAGGGAUAACUGUGUAAACAUCAGUUCACCAUCGUACAGCAGUCCCUGCAAUAUGUGUAAGAGAAACAUGACAACUAUAAACAGUCUGAUGCCAAACUCCGGGUACACUGUGCGAGUCAAGGCUCAUGUAUACGGUGCAUACGGACCAAUAAAAACAGUAAUCGUCACAACCGCAUCAUCAGCACCGACUGGCCCACCCACUUCUGUGACACCUGGGUCUCAAGCCCAACGCAGCAUAGCUUUCUCCUGGAGCCUCCCAGCAUGUGGAAGCCGAGGCGGUGCCAUCACAGGAUACGACUAUAGGCUUAGUACAAGUGGAGCUGCACCAAUGACUGGCCAGACUACAGCAGGCCUCUCAGUUACAAUAGAUGGACUUACUCCCUAUACUUCUUACAGUUUUCAAGUUGCUGCAAGGACUAAUGAUGGGACUGGACCGUACAGUGUGGUUGUAACAUCAACAACACAAGAAGCAGCGCCCACAGUUCCUUUAGAUGUUCGCAUCCUGUCGAUAGAUUACAUGUCUGUCAGUCUGGGCUGGAGCGAACCAGAUCCACCGAAUGGACGCAUCACACACUACAAUGUUCGCUACUGGAGGAGUGGAGACAUGGGAAACAUGCUGACUGACACCAAUGUAGUGGCGCUCAUGCAUCGUGUCACGGGACUUGCAACCAGUGUGCGAGCUGUGACGUUUCCUGGUCCCGGCCCUUGGAGUGACCCUACCGAAGCAAUGACAUCAAUCGGAGUUCCUGGACCUGUUCAGGAUCUAAAUGUCACAGUGAGGACAGAGACGUCAAUAACUUUAUCCUGGAUCCCACCCCUGCAACCUGGAGGAGUCAUCACUGGUUACAUAGUGGAGUACCGUAUCUUGGAGAGGCCUUAUCAACCAGACUUCACAGCAGAGGACACAUACAAAACCAAUGAUGCUCAGCAUUCACCCUUCACAAUAACCAACCUGGAACCUGUUACUAAAUACGAGUUUAGGGUGCUGGCGAAGAAUGAAAUGUUUACAGGAAAUGAACACCGAAUGCUGGAGGUUUACACAAAGCCGAUGACAGUGCAAAUGCCAUCAGCUAGUGCCGCCGUCAUUGCUGCUGCCGUGCUUGGUGCGAUAGUUUUCGUCUUGGUCCUAAUGAUUGUCAUCGGGUGUGUGGUGUGGAAAAGACAAACUCGCCAAAAUGCCACAAAUAGUUAUCUAGUGCCCACAGCUAUGGAACUGGGUGCCAAAUCUACAACCCACGAAAGUGACUCACCAAGUGCUGCCAACCCUGACGGCGAGAUAUACGAAGAUGUUGGGCUUCCCUCCUGGGCGCGGAAACUGGAAAUCAAAUGGGAGAAUAUGAUCAUCGAUGAUGAGAUUCUUGGAAAGGGUAACUUUGGCGAGGUACGGGCAGGAGGCGUGAGGAUCAGAGGCCGAGUCACCGAAGCAGCCAUCAAAACUCUCAAAGACAACACCUCUGAUGCUGCUGUGGAUUUCAAGGCGGAGUUGCAAACGAUGGUGGGAAUAAAACCACAUCCGAACAUUGUGCGUCUCCUUGGCGCAUGUUUUUAUGAAGGCAUUCUGUAUGUGGCGCUGGAGUUUCUUCCCAAUGGCAAUCUUCGUGAUUAUCUGAGAAGCAUUCGCCCGAUGCAGAAAGGAGCUGGCCACUCAACUGACGGAGCAUCUCCGGUGACUUCUUCAAACUUGUUGAAAUUUGGCACAGACGUUGCCAAGGGAAUGGAUCAUCUGUCCAAGACAGGGAUUAUCCACCGUGACUUGGCUGCAAGGAACAUACUUCUGGCCGACGACCUGACCGCCAAAGUGUCUGAUUUCGGCCUUUCACGAGGGGAGGACAUCUACGUUCAGAAAUCCUCGACAAGGAUUCCCGUUCGCUGGUUGGCCAUCGAAUCUUUGACGCGUCGUGUCUACAAGUCCAAGAGUGAUGUGUGGUCGUUUGGCAUCUUGCUGUGGGAGAUAGCAACAUACGGAUCCACUCCGUACCCUGGUAUUGAACGCAAGUCACUGGCCGAGAGAUUGCUCGAUGGAUACCGCAUGCCCAAGCCGGACAACUGCGCUGAUGAAAUUUAUAAUCUGAUGUUGAAGUGCUGGCAGGAGGUGCCAAGUAAGCGUCCAACCUUCAAAGUACUCUACGAAACUCUCGAGAAAAUGAACUCUAAAUCGUAUGAAAAUGUUGUCUUGUCACCGACUGUCUACGAGAACUUUAUCAUCAAGCAUGAGUUUGAUGACAACUAGAUGACGUCAAUAUCUUUUGAUACGCUGUAAUGCAUCAUCUUCG